ACCGCCCAUCGCUGUGACAGGCCGGCCGGGCGUGUCGCUAUAGUAGCCGGCGUCGCGGGGAGGACCUCUUCGGAAAAGAUGGCUGGGCGCCUGUGGGCUGCGGCUGGGUCCUGGGCGACGGCGGCGCCCCUCGCGAACCCGAGAGGGUCCCCAGCGCGCAUUAUGCCCUCACGGAGCGUAACCGCCACUCCGAGUGGCGCCAUCUUGCCAAAGCCCGUCAAAAUGCCCUUUGGCCUCCUCCGUGUGUUUGCGAUUGUAAUUCCCUUCCUCUACGUUGGGACACAGAUCAGCAAAAGUUUUGCAGCUUUGCUUGAAGAACAUGACAUCUUUGUGCCAGAGGACGACGAUGACGACGAUUAAUAGUGUUGCAGUGUUGGACUACAAGACAGAUAAAAUAUUCUGACAUCAAUGCUUAGUCAGGUCCUGCUCUAGAUUGUAAUGAAGGUAUUUUAGAGCUGCUGGAUCUCCACACUAGUGAAUGUUCUCUGCAUGUCUAAAUGAGGAUGACCAGUAUACACGGGUAUGCAUAUAUGUUUGUUUGUUGAUUAAGCAACGAUUAUAUGCUGCAUCGUAUGUCUUCUGCAGGUGUGCUAAAGGCUGUGUUUUAAAGAGUAUGACAAAUGGUUUUGACUGCAAAUAAAUAAUGAUAUAUCAAGA